AUGACUUAUUACAUUAGUGACAAACGAACAAUGUGUCUGCCACAACCUUGCUGGAUUCACACCGCUGUGCCUGAUUCCUGUGCACUACCAUACCUCAAGUGGAUCCCAUCUAUCUAUCUAUCUAUCUAUCUAUCUAUCUAUCUAUCUAAUUUCAUACCUAUCUAUUUCUGUCAUUUCAUAUAUAUCAAUCUAUCUAAUUUCGUAUCUAUCUACCUGAGUUAUUUCUUAUCUAUCUAUCUAUCUAUCUAUCUAUCUAUCUAUCUAUCUAUCUAUCUAUCUCAGUUAUUUCAUAUCUAUCUAUUUAUCUAUCUGUCUGUCUGUCUAUUUAAAUUCAUCAGUUCUUAUAAGCUCUCUUCUCUCUUUCUCUCUCUCUCUCCCCUUUUCUCCUUAUCUAAACCUAUUCAUCUCUCUCCACCUAUCUACAUUUUCUCUUCACACGCACGCACUUUCCCUACGUUGUAUCUCUUUCUUUCUUUUUUCCAUCUCUCUUUACCACCUUUUUACUCUCUCCUUCCCUUUCUUUCCAUCUCUGUCACUACCCCUCUCCCUUUCUUUCUUUCUUUCUUUCUUUCUUUCUUUCUUUCUUUCUUUCUUUCUUUGUCUAUCCCUUCCUUUCUUUGUUUCUCUGUCGCCUGCCCUUUCAUUUUUCUUUCUUUCUUUCUUUCUUUCUUUCUUUCUUUCUUUCUUUCUUUCUUUCUUCUCUGUAUCCCUUCCUUUCUUUGUUUCUCUCUUGCCUUUCUUUCUUUCUUUCUUUCUUUCUUUCUUUCUUUCUUUCUUUCUUUCUUUCUUUCUUUCUUUCCCGUGAUUCCUUUUUCUCUCUUUCUUUUUCUUUCAUUCUCACUUUCUCUCACUUUCUUUCCCUCAUUUUCUUUUCUUUCUUUCUUUCUUUCUUUCUUUCUUUCUUUCUUUCUUUCUUUCUUUCUUUCUUUCCCUUCAAGAACAAACGAUGAUAAUUCCUAG